CUCCCCCUUGCGCUGGUCUGGAGCAAUGAAGCAGUGACGAAGGGUACCGUACUAAACCACAAAUUUCCUCUGAAUCCCGCAGCAUAAUCUCAAAACGUUUAGUUGAGCAACCACUGUACCGUAUUGUACUGUACAUUGUCUUCUGUGUUCUACUAUGCUCUACUGUACUAAACUGUGCUGUACAGUGAUGUUCCAACUUGUGAAACAUACUCGAGGUCUAUGAUUAGUUCAGAUUUGGAUCUGGUCCGCAACAGCCAAAUUUGUAAUUAUUUGGGGGCGGAAUACAUUAGAAUAAUACCCAGCAUGCUUUGCUAGUAAUAAACUAAACACAUUUGCAUUUUUGUAAUUCAGCAGAUGGUCUAAUCCAGAGUGCCUUACAGUCAGUGCAUUCAACUAAGCUAAAUAAAUAACAACAUGUCAGUCAUGGCAAUAAAACAAAUCUGUAACCGUUAUUCAGAAUGUUAUUGUAUUUGAAAUGGUCUGUUGGUUUGGUCUGUUGUAUAGACUAAUCUGAAAAUAAUUGCUGCACGUUUCAAAGGUUUUGAAAAAGCUAACAUAAGUGCAAAUAGAUGGAAGCAAUCUUCAAUUGGGUUCUCUUUGAUAUUAAGUAUAAAAAAUGAUUGUUGUGAUAAUUGAGAAUGUAUAGUAGUUCAAAUUUGGACAUAUGAUCAAUUAUGCAAAAAUACUAUUUUCAAUAUCCUGUAGAUUACAUAUUUUCAACGUCUGGAAAAUAGGUCUUCUAACCUUUAAUUCAGCAUCUGAAAUGCACUUGAUGUCAAAGUUCUGGAACGUCAUUUUGCAUACUGGGAAUAGGCUAUAACAGCGCACUAACUUCCAUAUCGACGUGUUUGCAAUGGUAAUCGGUUAUGUUCUACAUACAUGAGCUCAACAGCAGUAUAGUCUAUUAAUGUUUCCCAGUGUUCGGCAUAUUUGAAAAAACUAUAAAAGGACCUGGUGCAUUUUUUAUCCUAUUAUCUCUCUGGCGCAUUGAUUGUGGAGGAGUUGUGUAGGUCAUAGGAUGCCAGACAUUACACUUAGAGAUUUCUGUUAUUGCAGUUUAACAGACAAGGAUAUCCAAGAAACACAGCUGAGGACGUAGUGUACUUUUGAUUUAACAAAGAACGGAAGAUUAUGGAUGAAGGCACAGUUUCCAACGACUCUGUUCCAGAUUUAAAAGAUUUGGAGUUGAAAAUCGGACGGAAGACACCGGAGGGUUUGCUAAAGUGGAUGCGGGAAGAGGCGUCAACGCAACGCGGAGAUGCCAAGUUGAACUCGCCGGAGACCAAAGACGGAGACAUCACAGAGAGGAAGAGCCUAGAUGAGAAGAUUCGAAAACUAAAAGUCGAUAUGGCCCACCUGCGUUCGGUGGAUGUGAAGAUCCUGCAGCAGCUGCUGGCGGUGCACGAGGGGAUCGAGGCAUGCAAGUGGCUCCUGGAGGAGCGCGGCACCCUGGCCAGCCGCUGCAGCAGCCUGACCAGCAGCCAGUACAGCCUGGGAGAGGGCCCUGGAGGAGACACCUCCUGGAGAGACAGCUGGAGCAGCCUGCAGGACCCCCUCAACGACAAGCUGGAUAACAUCUCUAUAGGUAGCUACCUGGACACCCUGGCGGACGACAUGGAUGAGUACUGCCCCUCUAGUUCUGAGUAUGCGCUGUGUUCUACUCCACUGGGGACUGAGAUGCCCACUCGGACUGGCGGAGGGACAGGUGCUGGGGUAGGGGCGGGGAGAGGUGCUGGAGCAGGGGCAGUGUCUGGGGCAGGGGUUUUGGCUGGGACAGGAGGGGCAGGAGCUGAGUUAGGACCGGGCACAGGGGUCAAGGUAGUUGUUGGGCCUGGGGCUCCCCAAGUCAAGCCAGAGAUCCCCAAAGAAGAGCCUCCCAUUUGGACUAAGGCCAAAAAGGUAGUGAAAGGAACCACCAUCACCAAGGACACCAAGGACUCCAACCAAAUGCAGCAGCCCAGUAAGAGCAAUGGUGUCCUGGAGAAGGCAGUCAGGCAAGCAGGAGGACUUGCUGACUCGGCCCGGGCCUGCCUGGCUGAGAAGCUGGGGAAAAACCAGAGCCCCAAACUCAAACCCUAUAAGAACGGCAAGAUAGACCUGGAUGGCUGCAAGAUGAACGGCACAAUGCACCUGGAGUAUGACGCCCAUUGGCGAUGGGUGCAGUCGCAGGAUGAUGUUACAUUUCUGUGAGGUGGAUGUAUUACGCCACUAAAGACGCUUAGCCUGCUCCCAUAUGAUGACCAAACAGGUCAAAGGUUAAGAGAAAGGGGUCUUGGACUGGUGUUGUGGUUGAUUGCAAUUAUUAUACAAACUUCUACCAUUGCCAUUGUGCAAGACAUCAGGUGUGGAUGAGUAGGAGAGUACAACACCAUUACAUUAUGUUCUAUUCACUCUAAAUGUGACUGCACUAACUUUCUAGAACAUUGACAGUAUUAUAUUUGGGAUAAAGUUGAUAUUUUGUUUACCCUCUCUUCCUGUGUGCAUUGUAAUAUACAGUACCAUAGAAGAUGAACAAUUUCCAAAAUAAAAUGUAUUUGUUACACAUACACAUCUAUAGAACCUAGUUAAUGACCAAAGUUUGCCCUUACUGAUCAAUCCCAUGUCAAAAUGAUUGUAAAACACCCUAUCUAUGAAUUAUAGAUACCUGAAUCCUUCUCAUACAUACUAUACCAUAGCAUGCAAAGAGCAUCUAGAAUGUUCCUACUGUUUGCACAUGAUUGCUAUUGUGGAUGUCCUAAAACUACCUAAAGUACUUAACCAGUCAAUGCAAUAUGUAUAAUCAGUGAAUCGCAAUGCAAUGAAUCUGUGCAUCAGGUUCUUAUGUGGGUGGAUGUGUUAAAAUGUGUCAAUAUGGCUGAGUAUUAGUGUUGUUAUUUUGUGGAUUAUACAGUAUUUUUCAUUUGGAAAGCAGAUGUUGUCAUCGGUGUAAUCCUAAACUAUUAUGCCUGUAUCUCCCAUUCCAAGAUAACUGCACUUUUUUUCUGAUAAUCCUUAUGGUUUAAAUGACUGAUUUGCCCUCUUUCAGUACUCUGCUGUCUUAAUGAGUCCAACUGUCUCUGUUCUUUUACUCAGUGUUGAGUGGUGUGAAAUUAUUACAGUAAUUUGGGUGGGUGAAAAUUGCAUGUCAUGUGCUGACUGGUUUAUUGGUAAAAAAAAAAUCACCAUGAAAAAUGUGUGAAAAGCUUAAUACAAUCAUCAGGGAAGGAAAGCGAUAUUCCCUCGAAGCCUUUUGUAUUCGGUUAUAAACAACCCACUCUCACACAGAACCAUCACCACUGAAAGCUAAUAAUAUCUCAACACUCCACGGGAGGGGUUGCCAGGACAACUGAGAGAGGGUGAGAGAGAGAGAGUUCACGUGUGUAUGUACAUGUCUGCGUGUGUCCGUGUGAGUGCACGUGUAUGCAUUGAUGUGUGUGUGUACAUGUCUGCGUGUGUCCGUGUGAGUGCACGUGUAUGCAUUGAUGUGUGUGUGUGCACAUGUGUGUGUUUACAACUGGCUGCUGUGCACAGCUGCUCUGCUAGAUUUAGAUGUGGAUGGAGGUGUCUCAAGGGGCUGUUCUUUACUAGGCUAUCCCCUUCUUUUUCAUCAUGGGAAAACAACACAUUUCACUGCACCUAUCUGUUGUAUGUAAGAAUCAAACAUGUAAAAGAAAUGAAUAGUAAUUGUCUCACCCCAUCACCCUCUCCCAUCCCAUCCCAUUCUACCCUGUCGCCAUUAGUCAUAUAAUGCACUGUAUUUGUUAGAUAAUGGAUACCAGAUAAGGUUUGUGUAUUGCAUAGGCAUUGUGAAUGUUAUCAGAUCUAUUCUGCAUAUCAUGGAACGUGAUUAGUGUAACAAUUCAAUUUAGGAAGGAGUGUUUUCAAUUGAAUUAAGUUAGGAUUUCCCUUCGUGAUGUUUUGAAUUCUGUAUACUCAUGCCUUUACUUCCUUGUUGGCUGUCUUAGUUCUAUGGUUUUAGGGUGUCUGUCUCUGUGUGAUGUCUUUGCUUGCGUGGCUCCAGUACUGUACCACUCAGCACUCCUAUCAGAGCAACCUUUUAAUAUGUUUCAGAUGAGUUUUCACUUAAAGACCUCAGCGAGGGUAGGCAGUGCUUACCCUGUGAUAGUCUAAUAAAAUAAAAAGCUGUUGCGAAAUAAUUA